AUGGCCGCCGCGUCAACGCCAGUCGUGUUGGAUCAGAGCAAAACCGCCGCUGGACCGGUCCCGUUCGACUUUUCCCAGCCCCCGAUCAUAGAGGGAUUUACGCCCCUGCCAAGGCCCAAAGAGGAGGGCUUUAAAGACAAAUUUAUCCGAAAAAGCAAGGAAAACCCAUUUGUCCCCAUAGGAUGUUUGGGGACGGCUGGAGCACUCAUCUACGGUCUACGUGCCUUCAGUCUGGGGAAAACUCGACAGUCCCAGCUACUCAUGAGGGGCCGCAUCUUUGCCCAGGGCUUCACUGUAGUUGCAAUAAUCGUGGGUGUGUUCGCCACAACUCUGAAGCCCAAGCAGUAA